CUUUUUGAAAAACCAAACCAGGCCGCUCUUUCAAUCACUGCUUCUCUCUCUCUCUCUCUCUCUCUCUCUCUCUAAGAUGGAACCUUCAAAAGCUGCAAUGGCGUCUACACUAUCUCCAUCGGAAGGACAGCUUAUUCCACAUUCAGAAGUUGAAUCUCAGCUCUCCUCUCUGCUCUUUGAUCUCUCACAGCAGGUGCAAGUAGCAAUGGAGAACAUGCUUAAGAUGACUAUUGAAAUUGAUGAAAACUCCUCUGGAAUAAUGGAAGAGAUAGCAAAGUGCAAAGACAACGCUUUUGAGAGGAAGAAAAUUCUCGAGGAACAGAAGGAAAGUUUUCAGAAAGCUGCAUUCACUGUUUUAGACCUGCUCAACAAGGAUAUCAGAUAAAAACCUUGAUAUUCGCCCGACUUGGAGCAAGCAAAAGGAUGAGUAAUCAGUUUAUUGUGACAGAAGGUACAUUCUUGCAUAGCCAUUCGACCCUCGGUGCUGUGUCAUCAUCUCACCGGUAUAGAUAUUAAAUUUGUAGAAUUCAUUUGAACAGAUAGUUACUUCUAUUGAUUGAGAAAUUCUUCAAACCGGUCUAUAGCCUUAGUUGAAUGAAUUCUUCCCUAGUGUGAUUUGUACAUAUUUUGAGUUCUUUGUUUUAUAGAUGCUGGCUGGAUAUUCGAUGACUUUUCAGAUGUUACAUAUUGCUUGGAUCGAAGAAAGUCACAGGUUCCAAUGGAAAUAGAAACUAUAUGCAGCAUAGCUGUGAGCCUGAGAAAUGAAACGAUAGUUAUAUAGCUUGGUUUGUAAAUUUGAUAUGAAUUUCUAGAGAGGUAGGAAUAUGCUCUCUCUCUCUCUCUCUCUCUCUCUCAACAUGAAUCAAAGGGAUCUUUUAUACUCAAA